CGGCUGUUUUCCUAUUUUUCGCACAAAACUCUUCACGUCUCUGGAUCCCGCGCACAGUAUCAAAAAGAUACUGAAGUCGAUGCGUUUCCACCGUCUUCAUCAUGACGAAGCAGGACGAGAAGCAUCGCUUGCAGAGCGUUUUGAACACGGAUGCCGAAAGUGCGAAUUUUGAAGAAGCCAUCACUCUUGCUGGAUGUGGCCGAUACCACUUGGAAGUGCUUCUAGUCUGCGGAGUGAUAACAAUGUGCGUUGGCUUCGAGAAUGGUUUGAGUUCCUACAUUCUCUCGUCCGCGCAGUGCGAUCUCGAUCUCAGUUCAAGUGCAAAGGGAAUGGUGAAUGCUGCUUUUCUGGCAGGUGCUACCGCCAGUGCCUUGCCGUGGGGUGUCACGGCGGACGCGAUUGGGAGAAAAAAAAUUCUUGUCAUGUCUUUACUGACCAAUGGAAUUAUUACGUUCGUCUCUAGUUUUUCAGGAACUUUCCUGACUUUUGCAUCACUUCGCUUCGUCAAUGGAUUCAUGAUCGGUGCACCAGGAACGCUCACGUUUUCUUACGUCGGUGAAUUUUACUCCGAUAAGUACAGGCCCAAAGCCAUCACCGCGAUGGGACUGUUCUGGCUCACCUCUUGGAUAUUAUUGCCAGUAUUUGCCUGGAUCAUCAUUCCGUUGAAAUUGAAUUAUCAAAUCUUUGGAAUCUCCUGCCAUUCCUGGCGGCUGUUUGUCCUGGUCUUCGCUCUGCCUAGUAUACUCACGGCGCUCCUCCUGAUGCGCUAUCCGGAGAGCCCCAAGUUUUUACUUUCCCAAGGAAAGAAGAAGGAGGCUCUCGCGAUCAUUCGACAAAUAUUUGCUGCCAACACUGGGAAGGACAAGCACGAGUUUCCCAUUUCAAAUCUCAUAAUGGAUUCGGACGCCAGUGAGAAUCAAGCAAAAACAAUUUCGGAUAUAAUAAGUAACAUACGAAAGCAAGUGUGUUAUCUUAUGACGCCACCUCUUCUUAAAUAUACAGCACUGACGUCUCUCACAAUGGCCGUCACUAUGUUUGGAUACUUAGGCUUUGCUUUUUGGUUUCCGGAACUGUUCAACAGGUUUGAAAGUCACUACAGGAACAAUCCAAACGCCUCGGUUACGCUGUGCGAGUUGUCGGCUCUUCGUAACGAAAUCGGACCAGUCUAUCUGAACGAUCUGAACACAACAGAGACCAACUUUACGAAUGUCGGGACAAAAAUUCUUUCCACGUUAACGUCCAGGAGUUUACCGAUUCUCGAAAAGAGUUCGCUUCAGACUUGCGAUCCUUCGGUAGAUUUAAAGGUCUUCAGUAAUACGAUAAUAAUAGGCGCUGUCUCUCUGGUAGUGAACGUUGCAGCUAUUUAUCUGUCGCAUCAUCUUAGUAACAAUAUAUUACAGAGCACUACCUUGACGAUAGCGAGUAUCUUCUGUUGCACGCUCUAUUUUGUCAGAUCGACAUUCCAGAAUCUUAUCGUUGCCUCUUUGUUUUCUGCAUUUGCAAACGUGGGCAUCGUCGUCUUCACCGGAGCAGUCGUUGACUUAUUCCCCACGAGAGUCAACGCUAUGGCCGUUUGUACCGCUACUUUUACGGGAAGAUGCGGUGCCAUUUUGAGUAACAUCCUCUUUGGCGAACUGCUCGACACUCAGUGCGCCUUACUAGUGUUUCUCAUGAGUGCCGCUCUCUUAUGUGCUGGACUCUUAGGAUUUCUCGUACCGAAGAAGAUCCCGGAAUUACCUCAAUCAGGAAAAAAGUCGAGUACAGCGUGAGAGUUGGCGACUGUUAUAAUAAAGAUAUAUUGACUUUUACACCAA